CCCAAGGUCCCCCCCAUGGCAUAGUGAGCGUGAUAUGCCGAUAUGUGGAGCGAGUCCCUCAAACUUUAAAUACCCUGUGAAAAAACCACCUUUCGUCUCUUCACAGGUGAAUGGGCAUGGCGAUAUUCCGCGGAGAUGACCAAGAGAGAAGAGGUUUUUUUUUCUUGUUCAUGGUGUAGCCAUCACUUGUUCAGCGCUUAGACCGUACUAGCCCAAGGUCAAUUUGUUGAUGAGUUGUUAGAGAAUAAGAGGAUUCCAGAAGCAGAGAUAACGACCACCCUUCAAAACCGAGAAAUCAGCUAUCCCCAGCCCUUAUCUUUUAGUCACUUUACCCCACCCAAAACACCUAUUGGGUAUUCCAACCUGACUCCCACGUCGUCCUCCGAUAUCGUCCGCGUUAUUGGUCAUCUAUUUUUUUUCUGUACUCAACUCUCAGUCAUAUUUGAACCAUUCCUUCUCCAAGUCCAGGAUGAACGCUCAAGUCUCAUUUCUAGACGGCGAGCUCAGCCUAAUUCAUAUUCCACUCAACCUCUACCCUACACUUCUUCAACCAAUACUUCAGAUUCUCCUACCCCAAAAGGAGUCUAUUCUUCAGCCAGAGGAUGAACAGGGAAAUGGUAGCCCAGUCGCGAGCAAUUCGAGCCGAAGCUGGUCUCAACUUGGCCCCCAUGACCAGCGGCCAUUCCUCAACGUCAGUAUAACACCCAUCGAGUGCUCCGUCGUGUGCCAGACGACAUGGGCAACCAGCGUGUUCGAGCCGGCUCUCCAAAAACUCCAGCAGGCCGCGAGGGGGAAGGUUUCCAUCUCAAAGGAGUCGUAUGUGGCACUGUGCGUUAUAAGCGCCGGCAUGGAUGCUGGGUCUCGAGUCGUCGACCUGUCCUCGCCGCUGGCCCUCGCGGGGAUUUCCAUCUUUUUCAUCACGACGUACUAUUCCGACUUUAUCUUGGUGCCGAGCAAGGAUAAAAAGAACGUUGUGCAAGCCCUCCUGGCCAGGGGGUUCGAGUUUACCGACAAUGGCGACUCGUCCUCCAUGAUGUCGCUGCCACGGUCCGGACUGGGCUCGUACCUGAACUCGCACGCCAACAGCGGUGCCGGCAGCACAAUGGUAAGCAGGAGAGGGAGUUACAACGAGCAUGAUAAUGCCACCCCGGACUCUCCAUUACCUUCCAACGCCGACGAACUGCAGGAGCGCACGUUUGCUUUACUCAAGAAACAGAGUGUACAAGCGACAGUGGACACCAGCCUGAGAUUGGUGCAUUGCUCCGGGCACGAGACUUCGUCGCAUCGCCUUGACGGCGAGAUAUCGGCUGCAUCCCCAACAGCGCACCUAAAUCGCCCGUCGCUCAGUAGGAUGAACACGGGCAAUGGGUUCAGCAACGGGCAUUCCCAUCGGACAUGGGUUGACACGGUCGACACGCGCCUCUACACGUGUCUCGUUGCGGCGUUGGCCACUCAACCAAAGUUCCUUUCCGUCACGCUGGCACAGGAUGAUCCGCCAUCGUUGCUUCUCGACAAGGCGCUAGUCCCCAUGUUUGGCGAGUCGCUAAUUGGAGAGGCAGGAGGGGAGCUUGCGCCGAUAUUUUUGGACUUGGCAUCAUUGCCUUUUGAGGCAACGGGAAUCGUAUCGGGAGUAGCAGGGAGGUUGGCGAGAGAGAUGUCUGACGAGGGCCCCGAGUUGUCAUAUCUAUCGACAGCGAGGGCAGGCGCAGUAAUACUGUCGCGAGAGCAGUCGGCCAAAGCCAUUGAGAUAUUGGGACCUCUGUUAUCCGGGGAUACUUAGUCCUGGUGGAAAAUUAUAUAAAGAAUGCAUUCAUAGGAUAGGACAAACAAAAGAAUAAUUGCUUACCGGUAAUUUGACGUGUGAAUAACAUUUUUUGAAAUGUUUUCGC